UCGUCCUCCAUUUCUUCUCGGAAUCUCCGUCGCCGUUUUGAAAUCCCAAACAAGAAGACAAAGCCGGCGAAUAUGAGUGAGCCUCAACACCCAGCCGGCGACACAAAGCCUCCUCCUCCUCACUCCCAAGAAUACGCUCCUUAUCCUAAGCUCGAUCCAAACGACGUCGCUCCGCCUCCACACUCCGAAACCUGGACCUCCGUCUCCAUCGCCUCCGACCAGCCGCCGAAGCCGGAUUCUACUCCCUCAUUCCCGGCGACGCCGCCCGUCGCGACUCCCGAAGUACACCCCGAGGCUCGGGAUCCGCCGAUCCCCGCAGACGCCGCCGCCACUACUAUGCCGAUGGAGUCCAAUCCUUACGUCAGCAAUCCGGCGCCGCCUCCCGCUUCGUCCGUCAAGAAUACGGUGGAGUCGGUGAAAGGUGUUCUUGGAAAAUGGGGGAAGAAGGCUGUGGAGACUACCAAGAAGGGUCAGGAUCUUGCGGGCAACAUGUGGCAACACUUGAAAACAGGACCCAGCUUUGCUGAUGCUGCUGUAGGAAGAAUUGCUCAGAGUGCUAAAGUUAUUGCUGAAGGUGGUUAUGAGAAGAUUUUUCAGAAAAAUUUUGAGACAGUCCCAGACGAACAACUUCUGAAGACAUUUGCUUGUUACCUAUCCACAUCUGCUGGCCCCGUGAUGGGAGUUAUAUAUUUGUCAACAGCAAAGCUUGCGUUUUGCAGUGACGAUCCACUUUCAUACAAAACUGGUGAUCAGACGGCAUGGAGCUAUUAUAAGGUGGUUAUUCCAUUACAUCAGCUUAAGGCAGUGAACCCGUCAACAAGCAAGGUCAAAGCAGCUGAAAAAUAUAUCCAGGUCAUAUCUGUGGACAACCAUGAGUUCUGGUUUAUGAGCUUUGUAAACUAUGAUAGUGCUGUGAAACACCUUCAAGAAGUGGUGCAGCCCCACCCCUAGCCCCAGCUUGUAAUGAGUGCAAGGCUAAAUCUUUUCGGUGUUCACAGGAAAGGCUAUAAAAGAAUAUAUGAGCUCUGAUGUGUAUGUUCUAUGGUAUGAGUAGUGGAAUUGCCGUGUAAUGUGUUUGUUUAGAACCCCCUAUUUUCUCUUACAUUUUGGGAUGAAAAUCGUCUACCCAAAUUCAUAUAUUUUGUUGUAAAUGACAUUUGCGAUUAUGUACAUCAUGUUUCAGACACUGA